AUGGUUGAUCCCAUCCUGUAUCUUCCAAUGUCUGUGUUUGACCGUAGUCGUAUUCUCCGUUGGCGUAUGGGAUGGCUACCUGCUAGGCCAGUUCCAUGUCGUUGUGGUGCUCCUCACGCUAGCCGCAACCAUCUGCUAGAGUGUCUUGGUGUUGCUUCAAAGCUUUUGUUUACUGAUGAUCCUCUUGGUGCUGAUUAUUUGCCCAAUCCUCUGGACUUUUGGCUCAAUCGACUACCUCGUAUGCAACCUUCUGCCUCUAAACUCGUGUCGUCUCGCUCCUUUUGGUCUGUUCGCUGGCCUGUCAUGCUCCAAAUCUUUUUGGAUAUUGACAUGAUCUGUCAUCCUGAUGCUGAAUUUACUGGUAAAGCUCUGGACUUGUCUGGUUCUGCCUUUCUCGACUGGUUGACCCCGGUUUCCUCAACUACCUCUGUUUCGGGUACGCCUUCUAUUUCUUCCUCAGAUAGUGCUGGUAUUACUGUCGCUAUUCCACAUCUUUUGUCUCACUAA